AUGAAAUAUCUUCUUGUACUUGCCUUAGUUGGCUGCGCCUCUUCCAUCAAUCUCAUCGGAAGAACACAAUCCGCUGGUGUACAAGGUACUUUGAAGUGCCAUGGAAAGCCAGCUUCUGGAGUUAAAGUAAAGUUGAUGGAAUCAGAUAACUCUUUCGGACUAACUGUUUUUGACACCGAUGACAACAUGGCUGAAGGAAAGACUGAUUCAUCAGGAAAAUACUUAUUAACUGGUACUAAUAAGGAAAUUAGUGGAAUCGAGCCAUACUUGGCUAUCUAUCACAACUGCGAUGACAGUUUCAAACCAGGACAACGUAUUGUUCGCAUCAACCUCCCAUCAUCUUAUGUCACCGUUGGAUCAACUCCAAAGAAAAUUUAUGAUGCUGGACAAAUGGAAUUAUCAGGAAAAUUCCCAGGAGAGAAGAGAAGCGGCCUCUUCGGAUAA